AUAAAAUAUUUACAAUAAUUCUAAAUAUAAUUGUGUUCACAUCUUAACAAUAUUGUUUCUUAUUAUGAACCUCCUCAAGAACUGGAAAAGCCUCUAUCAAGAAAGGGGAGGAAUAGACUUUGAGUUGUUGGAUUAUGGGACCCUUAUUCCAUCUGUCACCAGACUUAAAGAGGUGGGAGUCAAAUUUCAAAAAGCCGAGUCAAGAAACAUCUUGAAUGUAAAAUUUAACAAGGGUGUCCUCGAAAUCACACCUUUGUUGAUUACUCCAUUGACAGAAACCAUCUUCAGGAACCUCAUCAUCUUUGAGCAAUUUAGCCUUCUUUGCAUGCCUAGGGUGACAAGUUACGCCAUACUCUUAGAUUGCCUAGUCGACACCUCAGAUGAUAUGCAUUUAAUGAACAGAGAAGGAAUUCUUGAUAACAGGUUCAACCUUGAGGAAACGACUAAUUUCUUGAACAGAGCCCGUGAUAACACUUUUACUCAAGAGCUCUUUUAUGCACGACUUCACAAAGAUGUCAACGAAUAUUGCGAGAAGAGAUGGCUGAGAUGGCGAGAUUCUUUGAUCCAUAACUAUUUUACUAAGCUGAGCGAUAGAAUGAGAGAGAGAGGUAGAGAGAGAACGAGAAGGGAUAGAGAUGGACAGAGUUCAUGGGCAAGGCGGACGGCACUGAAUCGAGAGCAUGCAGAAUCUCAUGGAAGAAGUCAACAACGGAGGGGGGAGCCAGCAUUCAUGGGGAGAGGGUCGCAAUAUGAUGAUGAGAAACAGGAAGCGAGGCGGAAAAGAAACAACAGAGAAAUGGUGACAGUGGCCCAUAACAGAAGUUAUGUGGAGGUAGUGAAGGUACACUCCAUGGAGAUGGUGCAAAAUUUACAAGAAAAGUUUUACAUGGAAGGGUACUUUUCUUGUCAAAUUCGAGCAAUGGGAGGCAAAUUGGUUUUGCUAUCAUGUGAAGAUAAAGAAGAGCUGAAGGACUUGGUUGAAAUGGCAUCAAAUUGGCUAAGGCAAUGUGAGACAGAGGAUCAUGAAACAUGGUCUACUGGAAGUGACUCGACGAUGCAAGAUGUAGAAAUAGACGAGAAGAAUGAAGAAGAACAGGUUGGGUACUCAACUAAAGAAGAUGAUGAUGUGGUGCCAUGUAUGAAAGAGGGAGUGAGAAGAUCUUCGGAACUAGCCAGGGCACACGAAAUGGAAAGAGGUCACAUAGAAGACUGGAUUGGCAAACAAUUAGAGGAGAUGAGUUCAAAAAGGAAAAUGAGGGUGAGGCAAUGUAGCUUGGUGUAUUUAGAAACCAAUGUAAGGGAUGUAAGAGCAAAAAGAAAAAGAGAAAGAGGGAAACAAAGCACGCAACAAAUGGAAGGAAGACCAAUUCCAACAUUCCUACCAAACCCAAAUGGACAAGUUGUCGGAGAUUCAGUUGGAGAUAGUGGUAUACAGAAUUGUAACAGAUCUCUGAAGAAGCAGUGGCAAAACAAAUUGGCCAAGGAGAUUUGGGAUCUGGCGACACAACUCGGAGCAGUGGCAGAGGACGAUAAUGAGGUGAUCCAAAGAAUUGAGGAAAUGGAGGUUAGAGACAGACAAGCAAGCUUAACCAUGGUGAAUCGAGAUGAUGAAGCCCACAAGAAGAUUAGGGAGUUAGUUACAAAAGAAAGAAUUCAAUUUCUAGCAAUUCAAGAGACUAAGAUGGAAGCAGUAGAUGGAAAAAUUUGCAGAAGCUUAUGGGGGACAGAUGAUAUGGAGUGGGUUACAAAGCCAUCUAAUGGAUUUAUCAAAAAAAAAAAAAAAAAGCCAUCUAAUGGCAAUUCAGGAGGCUUGCUUUGUGUCUGGAAUUCCAAAGUGCUCAAGAAGGAAGAGGUUAUAGAGGGAGAUAAUUUUAUUGGGGUGUUUGGGUUGUGGGGAGCAGAAAAAACACCCGUAUACAUUUUAAAUGUAUACUCACCUUGCCAACUCGCAAGCAAGAGAGCCUUAUGGGAGGAGUUGCAAGGCUUAAUAAAUAGCAGAAGGGGGAACUGGUGUUUAGCAGGGGAUUAUAAUACUGUGAGAAGUGUUGAGGAACGAGUAGGGUGUACUGUAACUACUAAUGAAAUGAGGGAAUUUGAUGCUUUUAUCCAUAACACGAGAUUGAUUGAUUUGCUGUUGGUGGGGAGAAAAUACACCUGGUAUAAUUCUAAUGGGCAAUACAUGAGCAGGAUUGACAGAUUUUUAUUAUCCAAAGAAUGGACCACAAAAUGGAGUGAUGUGAAACAGUGGGGGUGGAGGAGGUCAAUUUCAGACCACUGUCCUGUUUUGCUAAAGAAUGAAUGUGUUGACUGGGGCCCAAAACCAUUCAAAUAUUAUGAUGCUUGGCUUGAACAACCAGGAUGCAAGGAGGUGAUCACAAAUGCAUGGAUCAACAAUGAAGUGAGUGGAUGGAACGGAUUUAAGCUCAAGGAGAAACUGAAAAGAACAAAACAAGUGCUUAAAGAGUGGAGUUAUCAAAUGAACACAGAGAUGGACAACAAGAUAAAGGAAGCCGAAACUGUUAUUGCUACAAUAGAUGAGAAACGAGAACAUAAUCGGUUGUCGGCUACUGAUGAAGCUAUGGUUAAAGAAGGGGACGCGAAUACAAAAUUCUUCCAUAAAUGUGUGAAAGGAAGAUGGAGAAGAAAUGAGAUCAGUAGUAUUCGGAUCAAUGGGAAACAGCAUAUAGAAGUGGAAGAAAUAAAGGAAGGGGUUGCCAAGUACUUCCAACAAAUGUUUGCAGAAGAAAAAUGGAAAAGACCUAAGCUAGAUGGGAUAAGCUUCAAGCAAAUAACAAAGGAAGAUAAUGAGCUCCUCACGGCAGCAUUAUCGGAACAGGAAAUUAAGGAAGCAAUAUGGAAUUGUGACUCAUCCAAAGCUCCAGGUCCAGAUGGAUUCAACUUCAAAUUUAUAAAGAUGAUGUGGGAGGUGUUAUCCAAGAUAAUCGAGGAGCAACAGAUGGCUUUCAUCAAGGGAAGACAAUUAGUGGAUGGAGUAGUGAUUGCAAAUGAAGUUAUUGACGAAGCCAAAAGGAAGAAGAAAAAGUGUUCUCUAUUUAAGGUAGAUUUUGAGAAAGCAUAUGACAGAGUCUGUUGGGAGUUUAUAGACUAUAUGAUGAUGAGGAUGGGGUUUAGUUCAACCUGGAGAAAAUGGAUACAAGAAUGCCUAAAAUCAAGCUCUGUUUUGGUUCUCAUAAAUGGCAGUCCGACGAAACAAUUCUUAGUUAAUAGAGGCAUCCAUCAAGGUGACCUGCUAUCCCCAUUCUUAUUCUUGAUUGUUGCAGAGGGAUUGAAUGGUCUAGUGUCAUCGGCAGUGGAGAAGGAAAGGUAUAAAGGUGUGCCAAUUGGCAGUGGAGAUAUUAUGGUAACACACUUACAAUUUGCGGAUGAUACCGUAUUGUUUAGGGAGGCAUCAAAAGAGAAUAUCUAGGUGAUCAAGUGCAUUAUGAGAACCUUCGAAUUGGCUUCGGGGUUGAAAAUAAAUUUCAAAAAGAGUC